ACCGCUGACCACCAUAGAGUAGUAAACAACAAAAUGGCGAUCGUUGCUGAUGAUGCGGCUACAAUGUUAGCUGAAGCCCUAGAAAAAAUGGACGACCUUAUAUCAGACGACCAGUUAAUUAUGGAAGCUUACAAGUUUCAGAUGGAUAGUUCCGCUCCCAAUGGCCGCAUUGAAAGUUUAACAGAAGAGUUACGGGACCUUUUGAGUGGGCUACCCCCAUCGGAGCGCGCCACUGUUCAUAUUUCGGACAGAACAUCGGAUUUUCUAGCAAGUUGGCUGGAGGCAUUACGGAAUCAAAAACCCGAGAGCCAGAAUUUGCCAAACGGUGAAAGUAGUCGUGCUCAAAUCGAUCGCCUUGAAGAUGAAAAAGAUUCGCUUAUUUUGCAAGUUAGCGUGCUCACAGACCAAGUAGAAGCCCAAGGAGAAAAAAUGAGGGAUUUGGAGUUCACUUUAGAGGAGCAGAAGAUUAGAGCAGAAGAUUUAGAGCAACAGCUCGAAAAAGAAAAGCUUAGAGUGUCACAAAGUGCUAAAGAAAAACAAAAUCUGCUGUCUGAGAUAGAAACUCUGAGAAUCCCUAUGAAUAAUUCUAGUAGGAACACGGAAAAUGGAGAUAACUUGACAUCUCAUGCUUAUAAAGAAAAGCUUGCAGAAAAAGAAUCAGAAAUAGAGGCAUUGAAGGACCAUAUAGAAUCUCUUCUAGACGAGCAAGAAACAUUACAAAAAGCCAUGGGAGACAGUGCUGGUCAUGGUCUGAAAUCACAGCUAAGAGAGAAAGCCUCUGAAGUCAACAAGUUAACAAUCGAAGUAGAAACACUAAAUGCUGUUGUGGAGGACAAAGAUAAGAAGAUAAACGAUCUUCAACAAGCCUUAGGAAAAUUUAGAAGGGUAGAGGAUAUGGUAGUUCGAGCUCACCAACGGGUGGGGUCAGAAGCCAGCCAGUCCACACCUGAUCCCUACUUACCAGAUACCGGAAGUAUCAACAGCUCAGAUGGGAUCUUCUCACCUUCACCAUCAGUGAUGACCAAUGAGAGCCCAACAAACUCCGCAACCCCACAUCAGCUCCACGCUGAGUCGUAUCUUCAUGCAGUGCAUAACCCCGUAACACCGAGUCUGCACGCCCUACAGCGUGACAAUAACUACAAUCAGCAAGCUAAGCCCAAAAAGACGGGGAUCAGAAGCUCAUUCGGCAGAGGACUACGCAAGCUGCGUGGUCCCAAAAGCUCCAGUGAACCUAAUGUGUAUGCAGUUGAGCGCUCGGCAGAAGGAAAAAAUGGAAGUCUACCUCAGAACCAGCCUGCUCCUAUAGCACAACCAACAGAUUUAUCAGAUGAACACAAGCAUGAAAAGAAAACCAUCGGAAAGAGAAUAGGAAAGGCUUUUGGAAAGUUAAGACGAACCAAGUCGCUAAGCACUUAUCCACAUGAGCAUGACGACUCAGGACCGAUUGACCUGGACAGGUUCCGCAGACCCAACCCUGACCAGGAAGAGUACGGGGAUACACUGGAGUUGCCAUUCGCGCGAUGGCCGCCUCAAAUGAUAAUGAAUUGGUUAGAUGACCUUGGCCUCGGUUGCUAUACCGACGGUUGCCAACGUAACAUCAAAUGCGGAGAAGACCUGCUGAGGGCUUCAGGGGUGGAGCUUGAUCGACAGCUAGGCAUACGUCACCCACUGCACCGGAAAAAGCUACAGCUUGCAUUACAGGCCUUCACCUCAGACAGUCCUGAUGUCAUGGGCCGCCUCAGCAAUCACUGGGUUCUGGGUUGGCUUGAAGACAUCGGUUUACCUCAUUACAAGGACGCCUUUAGCGACGCAUGCGUGGAUGGGAGAAUGUUGAACCACCUAACACUGGAUGACUUGCAGCACCUGAAAGUGACCAACGCCCUGCACCACGUCAGCAUUCAGCGUGCAAUACAAUGCCUCAGGUUUUACAACUUCCACCCGAACUGCUUGAAAAGAUACCCUAUUGACGAGUCAUGGCAACAGGGCGCGGACGUGCUGCUGUGGACGAAUGGCCGCGUGAUGGAGUGGUUACGGCUUGUGGACCUGGCAGAAUACGCACCUAACCUUCGAGGAAGUGGAGUACACGGAGCCUUAAUGAUUCUGGAGCCCCGGUUCACGCCAGAGACGCUAGCGGCGUUACUAUCCAUUCCAAGCACAAAAACUCUCCUGCGCCGACACCUGGCGUCACACUUCCAGUCGCUGGUUGGGACCGCCUGCUCACGCACUAAGGACGAGGCCGCCGCUGACCCCGGAUUCACACCCCUUAUGCCGGGGGUAAAGCACAAGGUUAUGAAAAAAAGCAAAUCUCUCGGAGCCCUACGAAAGAAAAGCAAAGACUCGGACAUGGAUAACUACGUAUGUCCCAUGGACUUAGAUAUCCCGACCCAGCUUCGCCCGGCCGUCACGCAACGCGCACGAAGGAGACCCGAGGACGAGUUCAACCGGAGGAAUCAUGACAGCGACGACGAGGUUACAGCCAAGACGCCCUCUGCUAUAGGAGCCUUCUCUAAAGAGCUAGACUCGCUGACGAACAUGCUUGAUCAAGAGGGACACCUGCUUGCUACCACAGGCAACCCAUAAAUGAUUGACGGCAACGUAGUGCAGCAAUCACACCGUACUAUAUCACGUGACAAUUCAAGCGAAAAAAAUGGUGUAGAAAACAUCAAUAGUGAGAAAAAAGUCAAGAAAUAUCUGGUUAUUUGUAGAAUUAUAGGAAAACAGAAAUUAUAUAUAGUUUUGUUUUACAGUAAUGUAUUUAGCUCACAUAUUGGCCAUGUUUUAAAAAUGAACACCAGAAAGAUUGAACUAUAUUUCCUUGAGCUUGCAUUACCCCAAAACGCAAUAUUAGUGUUUCUUUGCGGACUUCAAAAUUCGAAAUGGGGUAUGGCAAUGUUUGUAAUGUUCAAAGUUCUACUGUGUCCGCUGGACUAUGGAUAGACUGAGGGCGCAUAAAUACAGUGGGAGCCCCGGUUCCAAAUUUUCAGACACAUCCGUCAUACCUGGGACAGGUGUGUCCGUGUGCCACAAGCCGCGAUAUGUGCGACGCUGCUUUGCGCUUUUUUAUGUAGUGCUUCUUCUAUAAGAUGUAUAUUUGCUGACAGCAUCUUGUACGCGCAUAUGGUAUUUCAAUAGUCAGAAUAUAUAUAUAUAUACUUUUGUAUGGCGGACUUUUUGUCCGGAAAUAGAGCUUUUGUAUUACAAUUUGUAUUGCUAUCGAUGAAAAAUACAUAUUUUGUACGUUU